AGAGAGAGAGAGAGAGAGAGAGACCAAAAAAAAAACACCACCCCUCUCCAACACUCUCCAACACUGCUACACUGUUUCCCUUCGGCUCGCGCGGCACGAAAACACGCGCGCAUCGCCGUUUUCUCGUGAUUUUCUUCGCUACAGAUUUUCUUCGCCGCGCGCGCCCGCGGCCUCAGACUGGAUACAAAGUAUCGCGUUAAAGAAGCGAAAGAGGACAGUAUCCCCCUCUCCAAAAAGAAGACUACUGUCCUCCUUCUGCCGAGCUGGGAUGCUAUCCCUGGACGCCUAAAAACAUUAGGAGAAACUCCUUCACCGUAACUCGCGCUGACCGCUCUUCACGUUGAGGUGUUCUGUGGGGUUAUGCCCCGUUUAGGGCGGACAGCGCUGUAACUGGAGCCUGAACCAAGCCUUAACCAGGACAGAGAGAGAGAGAGAGAGAGAGAGAGAGAGAGAAAGAGAGACUUUACCACACCAUGGCUCUGACUGACAAACACAAAGUCAAGAGGCAGCGACUGGACAGAAUCUGUGAAGGUAUCAGGCCUCAGAUCAUGAACGGCCCCUCGUUGCACCCUCGCCCCCUGGUGGCGCUGUUGGACGGCCGCGACUGUACAGUGGAGAUGCCCAUCCUGAAGGAUCUGGCAACCGUGGCGUUCUGCGACGCUCAGUCCACACAGGAGAUUCACGAAAAGGUGCUGAAUGAAGCAGUCGGAGCCAUGAUGUAUCACACCAUCACCCUGACCCGGGAAGACCUGGAGAAGUUCAAAGCCCUACGUAUCAUCAUCCGCAUCGGCAGCGGCUACGACAACAUCGACAUCAAAGCAGCAGGAGAACUCGGUAUUGCAGUGUGUAAUAUUCCAUCAGCGGCGGUGGAGGAGACGGCGGACUCAACACUGUGUCACAUCCUGAACCUGUACCGCCGGAACACAUGGCUGUACCAGGCUCUCCGGGAGGGCACGCGGGUCCAGAGCGUGGAGCAAAUCAGAGAGGUGGCAUCAGGAGCCGCAAGGAUCAGAGGAGAAACACUCGGACUGAUUGGCUUCGGGCGGUCCGGGCAGGCGGUGGCGGUCCGGGCGAAGGUGUUCGGGUUCAACGUGCUGUUCUAUGACCCGUACCUGCAGGACGGGCUGGAGCGCUCGCUCGGCGUACAGAGGGUUUACACCCUGCAGGACCUGCUGUACCAGAGCGACUGCGUGUCCCUACACUGCAACCUAAACGAACACAACCACCACCUGAUCAACGACUUUACCAUAAAACAGAUGCGGCAGGGGGCGUUCCUGGUGAACACAGCUCGAGGAGGGCUGGUGGAUGAGAAGGCGUUGGCUCAGGCUCUGAAGGAGGGAAGAAUACGUGGAGCUGCGCUCGACGUCCACGAGACAGAACCUUUCAGUUUUGCGCAGGGUCCUCUGAAGGAUGCCCCUAAUCUGAUCUGUACACCACACACAGCCUGGUACAGCGAGCAGGCGUCUCUGGAGAUGAGAGAAGCAGCAGCUACAGAGAUCCGCAGAGCUAUCACUGGCCGGAUCCCGGACAGUCUAAGAAACUGUGUGAAUAAGGAGUUUUUUGUUACGACAGCAGCCUGGGGCGUGAUGGACCAGCCAGGUGUUCACCCCGAGCUUAAUGGUGCCGCCUACAGGUUUCCACCAGGCAUGGUUGGGGUGGCGCCGGGGGGUCUCCCAGGAGCGCUAGAGGGCAUGGUGCCGGGUGGGGUCCCUGUACCCCACACACUACCAUCGGGAACACACCCCUCCCAAGCCCCCUCCCCCAACCAACCAUCCAAACAUGGAGAGAGCAGAGAACACCUCACCGAGCAAUAGCAUCUCACACACACACACACACUUACACACAUACAUAUAGGGUCUAAUACACAUAUCUACACACUCAUGUAGCACACACACACACACACACACACAUCCAUAGACAAGUGCACAACCACACACCCACACAUCUAUACAAACGCACAAACUUACAAACACUUACUGGCAGCCGAAUAUCCUAGCAUCCUUCCAAUGAAAUCAACAACCUUCUGGGACCAAGAGACUAUGAUACACACAUCUGCAUACACACACACACACACACAUCUACACACACACACACAUCUGCAUACACACACACUGCAGCUCAUCUCUCGGGACUGCUUCAAAGAAAACUUUAUACUCAACUUUUGUCUUUUUUUCCUUUUACUUUAUUUUAAAAUGUAGUGGUGGGAAAUGGGUGUGGCCGGGACAUGUUUGGAAGAAACAAAGCCCCACCCCCAACCCACGCCGCAUUGGACGACCCGUUUGUCCAUCCUCAAGUGCGAGAGCUCUGAGAAACUCAAACUCAAAUAUGACUUGAUAUCUCAACUCGAUUACUGGAUUACCACCCCUCUUUUUCCCCAAAGCCACCCCCCCUUCAUAAACCACACCCACUUUCUCCUUAGUUCUCUGUUAGUUUGAAGUGUUUUGUUUUUUGUUUGUUUGAAUUUUUUUUUUUUUUUUACUCUAAUUCUUAUUUUAGGCCCUUUUUCUUCAGAGUGACCGAAUGAAAUGAAGUGAGACGUGGUUAUAAACAUAUCUAUAUUAUAUAUAUAUAUAUAUAUUUAUCGGACGAGGAAAAAAAAUGGAGGACAACACAGAUGACGAAUCAGCGAUCGAUCCUGACCACACCCAUCCACUUAUCCAUCCAUUUAUCCAUUUAACCCGUCGAAUCUGGCUAAGGAGUGAACGCCCAGGCUGGAGGUUAACAUGGGGUGUGUGGUGGCCAAAUAUUGACCAAAAAAAAAACUUAACCUGGAAAUAUCCACAGCCUGACCGUAUCGCACCAGCUCUCGGACAGAGUGAAGACGUGAUGGUCGGAUGCUCUUCCUGAUCAGCAGUACCGCAGUACUUCUGAACUGUUCUGGACUCUUCAGUUAACCCUGAAGAUACGAAGCAGACAGCUCUGGAGAUCCUCCUCGUGUUGUGAUGCUCCAUCAGAAGAUUUCCAAAGCUUUUUCUUCAUUAAUGGACUCGUUAGUGGGGCGUCUUUAAGUGCUUAGUGUGCAGCAAAUCAGCCGGGAAUUGACCUGUUGACCUUCACAACGAUUCCAGGACUGUUAAAUCAACUUCCAUUGAAUUUUUGAACAAAAAAACAAGGACAUUUCUUCAGUUCUGCUGGACGUUGGUUUGUUUCACCCACUGUUUUUUUUUUUUUUUGCUUUGUUUUUUUAGUGCUUGUUUUCAGACACAUUUUAGUUUUUUGUUUUAUUUUAGUCCUUUUUUUCCUUUGUUUUUUUUUUUGUCUUUUUUUUUAGUUUGUUAAUUCAGAUUGUUGUGGGUUGUUUGUUGAUUUUUUUCCACCGUUGGACAUGAGAACGAAGAACAGGAAAGGGUUAAAGUGUUAAAUGCUAACUUCAUUCCACAAUGACUCAGGAAAAAAAAAACACACUUUUUUGCAGACAAUGUUUUCUUUUUCUUUUUUUCCCUGAAAUUUUGUGUGCGAAAAAAAAAAAACAUGGAAAAAAAAUGUUUUAAAGAAAAAAAGUAAAGAUGAAUUGAGGUAGUCUGACUGUUUACUCUCCUCCUCUUCCUCAUCCCUUCCUACUCCUCUUCCUCUCUUCCCCAUUGUGGUAUUUUUAUAAUGCAGACAUCACAGUUUUGGGUGUUUGGAUAAAAAAAAUAAGAAUAUUAAGAGUUUUUGCAGUCCUGGUAGAUUUGUAUGGCCUAGCUGAUCGUUCCUCCUCCUCCCGUAGUCUGAUGUAAUUCUCCAGCCUUUCUUUUACUCCUUCCUUCCUUUCUCUCUCUCUCUCUCUUUCUCACUCUCUGCUCUUUCUCUGUUCUGUUCUGUUGUUUGUUGGGGUGAUGAUGAAGGUCAGGGUUCUGAGAGACAGCAGCAGCAGCAGAACUGCCGUUAGAGCGACGCUAGUGCAGAACCGGUCACCGGUCAACAGUAUGACUCUUAUUUUGUUUGUUUGUUUGUUUCUUGGUUUUGUUUUUGUUUGUUUUUAGCGUGAGUAUUUGUAUUUGUUUCUUGUACAAGGUGAACAUUUAGCAGUCAGUGCAGUUCAAAAUAAAAGAUUCAGUUCUGAAA